UUUUUUAUUUUAGUCUUCGUUAAGCGUAAUUAUUUUUAAAUUAAAAUAAUGCGACAUUAAAUUUGCUUGAAAUAAGGCUCAAAAAUGGCUAAGAAAAAUAUUGAAGAUGUAGACUUGUAUGCUAUUUUAGAUGUCCAGAUUUCUGCUACUGAAUCAGAGAUCAAAAAAGCAUAUCGUAAAAAAGCUUUACAAUGUCACCCGGACAAAAAUCCAGACGAUCCAAAAGCGGCGGAAACUUUCCAUGAAUUGUCUAGAGCUCUAGAGAUAUUGACAGACGCAGGUGCUAGAACUGCGUACGACAAAGUUCUAAAAGCUAAAGCUGCUGCUAAGCUACGUCAUAAACAAUUAGAUAGUAAGCGUCAGAAACUAAAGGAAGACCUUGAAAGAAGGGAACGUGAAGCCGCUUCGGGAAAAGAUUCAAAAUUGACAGAUGAGCAAAAACUUGCUGCAGAAAUUCAAAGGUUACAAAAAGAAGGCAGUCGUCUCCUCCAGGAAGAACAACAGAGAAUCAAGGAAGAAAUUAGAAGAAAUAAGUUCGGACUCAAUGAACCUUAUUGGGAUCCCAGCUUGAAUAGAAUAAAGAUAAAAUGGAAAGCAGAUAAAAACGAUCCAAAUAAUGGUGGUUAUGAUGAACCUUCCCUAAGAAGAUUUCUAAAAAAAUAUGGCAACAUUUCAGUCCUUAUUAUUUCUCCUAAGAAAAAGGGCAGUGCUUUAGUGGAAUUUACUACCAAAGAAGCUUCAGAAAUGGCGGUAGAACUAGAAAAAGGACUAGCAGAAAAUCCAUUAACUUUAAAAUGGCUAAAUGAAAGACCAGUUUUGACAACAAAAAGAGAGCAAGGGGCCCCUUCAUUGCUAACAGAAAGGGACUAUGAAUCCAUUGUUUUGACCAAAAUGCGACAGGCUGCAGAAAGACAAAGGCUAAUGGAGGAAAUGAUGAAAGAACAUCAAGGGUUAUGACAUCAAUAAAAUUUGU